AUGCCGAUCAUUUCCGGCUUCACUCUGCCAGAGGCUGCGAGCGCCCUGGCGCUGCCGACGGAUUCUACAGUGCCCUUUUUCGUCACAUUCACCACCUCAGACCACCCUGAUACGGGAGAGUCAUGGUGUCCCGACGUCCGAGCUGCCCUUCCUCACAUCAAAGCCGCCUUCUCGGCCGGUGGUGCCCCAGACAUGGCCUUCGUUGAAGUAGGACAGAGGCCUGAGUGGAGAGUCCCUACAAAUGUGUUUCGGACCAAGUGGAACGUCAACAAUGUCCCGACAAUUGUUCGGUAUGAGCGUUCAGAUGGCGAAGUCAGAGAGACGGGCAGGUUAGUAGAGGGCGAGAUCUUGGAUAAGAAACGGCUGCUGGGAUUGAUCAGCGACAAUGCGUGA